AUGUCAUAUGUAACAGGACCAAAUGUUGUAAAUUAUGCCUGCAGUUGUGGCUUGUUAAAACCGAUACCGUAUCUAUAUUUUUGCAGAUAUUGCACGCAACUUCGUUGCAGCUUUUGUGUGUGUCAUGAGGUGGAUUCGAAUUUUUGUGGAAAAUGUUCAGAAAAUAUUCCUACAUCAGAAGCUAGGGUAAAGAAAAAUAGAUGUGGAAACUGUUAUAACUGUCCCAGCUGUGAGCAAGAAUUAUCUCCAAGAAUGGCCUCAACAAAAACUCCAGCUGAAGGAGAAGAGAAGGUUACUACCAAGAAAAUGUAUUACUUAUAUUGCCAAUUCUGCAGAUGGAGUUCUAGAGAUGUCGGUAUACCAGAUCAGUCUACAGUAACCGGAGGAUGGCCUGAAAGGGAAAAUGUCCAUGCUAAUAGGUUGCAGGAAUUAGUGGAUAUGUACAAGGCUAUAGUUGUUGCCCAAAAACAACAACAAGAAAAGGAUAAGAAGAAGCAAAGAGGAAAAUAUGUGAGCUAUACAGAUAGAACUGGAGUAACAGCAGCUGCUCUUCGUAAGAGAAUUGGACUUCCAGCUGAUUUAACUCAUCCUCUGCUUAAAUCCAAGCCUAAAGAACCAGAACCAGCGAAAGCUGAAACAGAAGUGGAAAAGUUGCCUGCUGAUAUAUUCACUAAGCCCAUAAAUCUGAUGGAAAUAACAACUGUUAGUCAACGUCUUUUACAACCCGAAGCCCAACCUACAACUGUAGAUACGCUAUUUCCAGUCCACAAGCAGCUUUCAAUCAAACGCACCCUUAGAUGCAGAACUUGUGAGCAUAACGUUAGCAAGCCAGAAUACAAUCCAUGUUCUGUUAAGUUUAAAAUUCAACUGUUUGCCUAUUACCAUAUACCCGAAGUUAGAAUCGUCACGGUGGAGCCACUUAGAGCUGGGAAAGAAUGCGAAUUGAUCUUAAAAUUUACCAACCCAACUCAACAUCAAACUACUAUUAGUUUUUUGGAAUUAAAGCUAGAUGAACAAGAGGAAGUAGUUGAAAAUAAAAUGGUUCAAGUUACGGAGAGUGUUGAACAUUUAAGUGUUCAGGAGAAACAACAACCUUUAUCGUUGUCGAGUCAACCAAGCAGUUUAUUAAGUCUCUCAUCUAGAUCACCUUCUAUUGUUAUUAAACCACGACAAAUCACUGAACAAGUUAAUUGCUCCGUUGAGAUUCCUACCAGUAGUUUUAUUCUUCCUCCAAGAGAUGAUGCUGCAGAGUAUGAUGAUUCUGGGGAUACUCAUAAUAUUCAAGAUGAUACAAAGUUGGUAAAAUGGAGAAAGUCUAAUAAAGCCUUUAUAAAGCUCCGUAUAACACCAAAUGCUGAUCUGCCGAUAAACACCGAGGUAGUUUGUGGUUUUGUGAUGCAGCAUAUUUACACCAACGCUAUUACGGGGCAGCUCGAAAAGAAGGAACCGCAAAAAUACGAUCAUAGAGUAAAAGUAUUUUUAACACUUGGAAAACUAGUAGGAUCUGAGUAA